AUGCCGGGGGGGGGCAGCUGGACCGCGCCAGCCCCAGGGGACCACCGCGCUGACGCCAACAGCCCGGUCCGGGGGUCAGAAGGGGCUGCGGGGCCAGAUCCUGACUCCCAGCCGCCUGCGGGAGCCCGGCCGGUGCCUGCGAGCGCGGCGGCUCUACCCCCAGAAAAACCAGUCAACAUCACCUGCUGGUCCAAAAACAUGAAGGACCUCACCUGCAAAUGGGCGCCGGGGACGGAAGGGGAGACCUUCCUGCACACCAACUACACCCUCAAGUACAAGCUCAGUAUUUCUCCGGCUGCAGACCCCGCAGUGAUUUCCCCCCAAGACCCCACCCUGCUGAUCGGCUCCUCGCUGGUCGCCACGUGCACGGUCAGCCCGGACUUUCACCUGAAAGCCGAGGACCUGUACUGGACCCUGAACGGCCGGCGCCUGCCCGCCGCCUCCUACGCCGCCCCCGGCCCCACCACGCUCAGCGUGGCCCUUGCCCGCCUCAACGGCUCCAAGCAGCAGUCGGGGGACAACCUGGUGUGUCACAGCAGAGACGGCGGCAUCUUGGCCGGCUCCUGCCUUUACGUUGGACUCACCACCGACCCGCCGUCGGACGUGCACGUCAGCCGGGUGGGGGACCUGGAGGACCAGCUGAGCGUGCGCUGGAGCUCCCCACCGGCGCUCAAGGAUUUCCUCUUCCAAGCCAAGUACCAGAUCCAGUACCGGGUGGAGGACAGCUCGGAAUGGAAGGUGGUGGAUGAUGUGGGCAACCAGACGUCCUGCCGCCUGGCCGGCCUCCGCCCCGGCACCGUCUACUUCGUCCAGGUGCGCUGUAAUCCCUUCGGCAUCUACGGCUCAAAAAAAGCCGGCAUCUGGAGCGACUGGAGCAACCCCACCGAUGCCUCCACCCCGCGCAGCGAGCGAGCGGCGGGGGGCUGCGACCCCAAAGGGGGGGAGCAAAACACGACGCUGCGGCGGGAGCUGAAGCAGUUUUUCGGGUGGGUGAAGAAACACGCCUACGGCUGCUCCAACCUCGGCAUCAAGCUCUACGACCAGUGGCGCGUGUGGCUGCAGAAAUCGCACAAAACACGCAACCAGUCAAUUAGGAACAGAUUUAAGCUUAAUGCCAAUAAACCUCUGAAACCCCACCGGGGUCUGCGUCAGCAGAGCGGCAAGCAGCGCGCGGGGACGGGGAUGCAGCGGGCAGCCAAACGGGACCCGUGUCCCUCGUCACCCCAUCCCAGGGGACCCAGCCAAGGCGGAGGGAGUGGCCCUGCGUGGGGGGACAAGCCCUUUAGAUCACACGACUCAGGCCAGCUCCACGGGGACAGGUUUAUUGUGGGAUGA